AUGGCAGUCUUCUGUGCUAGCUCUGCUAGACUAGCUCUACCUACCCUUCUGCGCAACAUUUAUCGCUCCGAGUUUGCCUCUGAGCUUCAUUCCUCCCGCCCCGUCUCUCUGCGCCAGGUGUCUUACUCCCAUAACCGUUUCAACAAUGGCCGGAGCUUUGCUUCCCUCUCGAGGCUACUUGCUUCCCAAUCAGGAUCGCACAUGAACCCACAACCAUCUUCGCAACCGAUCAUCACAGAAUCAAGUUCAGAACAGCUAGAUGCCGCUGAGGACGGUUCUAUUGUUGGAGCUCCUACAAAAGAUGCAGCAGUCAAUCGUGAUCGGCGGGACCCAGAUAAACCUACGAGAAAGACGAAGAAGGCGAAGUUUGCCUCAUCACAAACAGAACCUGAUGCAACCUCAGCUAAAUCCUCUCGCGAUAAGAAACAUGUACGCAGUGACCGAGCCUCCCCGGAUUACAAACCCAAGAAGAAAAAAGAGCCUUGGCAAAUCCAAAAAGAUGCCUUGAAGAAGAAAUUCAAGGAGGGAUGGAAUCCAUCUAAAAAGCUUUCGCCCGACGCUCUUGAGGGUAUCCGCCACUUACAUGCCGUAGCUCCGGACAAGUUUACGACUCCUGUCCUUGCCGAGCAAUUCCAGGUAUCACCGGAAGCUAUCAGACGUAUUUUAAAAAGCAAAUGGCGUCCUUCCGAGACAGAAAUGGAAGACCGGCGCAAGCGAUGGGAGAAGCGGCAUGAUCGAAUCUGGAGUCAUCUAUCGGAGCUAGGUCUCCGACCGAAAACAAAACGCACAGAGGCCUUAGACGAUUCAAACAUACUGUAUGGUAAGGGCGAAGAAGGCAACAAACCGUCGGAGUAA